AUGUCUAGAUGGUUAAGUGACAAACUAACAAUUCUUAGGCAAACUAUAAACGAUCAACGAUACGACAUCCUCCUUCUACAAGAAACUCAUUUGAAAGAAACGGAAGUAAGAAAUCUCUUAGAAUACACCUUAUACUGCAGCUCGAAUGCUGAACAUGUUUGGGCAGGUGUAGCAAUCUUAAUCCAUAACAAACUAAUUAAAUAUGUAAGCUUUAAUCCAAUUUCCAGUCGCAUUUGCUGCCUUACCUUAAAUAUUGGUUACAAGAAAAUUCACCUGUUCAAUAUUUAUUCACCACAUAAUAAUAAAGUUUUUUACAUAGAGCUGGAAAAUAUCUUAAAAGAACUACCUCAUCGAGAUAGUAUCAUAUUAGCUGGCGAUUUCAAUGCCUCGGUCGGGAAGCCUAAUAAUUCUACCUGCCUCGGGAACGCCACUCUAGUACAAAGUACGAACACUAAUGGCAAAAAACUAAUAGAAAUCUGUGAACACUUCAAUUUGAAAAUAGGAAAUACGUUCUUCAAUCAUCCUAACCAUCACACCAUAACCUACAAAAGCCCAUCUUUUGGCACUACCUCACAAAUUGAUUUCUUUGUAAUUUCCAACAAUAUAUUUAAGUGGGUGAAGGACAUCAAAGUCGUCAGCAAACUGAACUUCACCUUAUUUACGGACCAUUACCCACUAGGAUGCGAGCUAAGGAUAAAAAAUAGCAUUUUUCCAAACCGAAAUCAACAUAGCCACCUUAACUCUACACACUUCAUAAUGAGGAAAGACUUGGCACAGCUGAAUGAUCCGGUUAUAAAGGAAGAGUUCAUCACCAAUCUAACAACUUGGAGAAACACCCAAAAUGGCAUGAUCAAUCCUAAUAUAACUUGGAAGGAUAUGAAACUAAGUCUAUCAAGCUGUAUGAAUUCAUGCUUAAGACCACGAAUUAAACGUAAAGAAUGGCUAUCCCCUUCAACAAUACAGAUAAUUAAAAACUUAACAACAAAUAUCUCCUAUAACCAAUAUACUAAACACCACAGAAGGUACAUAACUCACUGCAUAAGAACAGAUAAAAGAUAUUUUAUUGCCAACUUAUCUAGAUCCAUACAAUAUAGCUUUGACAACAAUAAUAUUUACAAGGCUUUCCAAUCUCUUAAGUUAUUCAUUACCUUUAAAUCCAAUCCUCUACCAAGAUUACACAUUGAAAAUAAUAAAAUUAUAACGGACCCCAGGGAACAAUUAGCGAUAUGGACAGACCAUUACAUGAACCUUUACAGAACAAGGUGGCCUAAACUAUUAUGUGACUAUCCUUUCCAACCACCUAAUCGGAACCUGAACAGAAUAGAUAUAAUCAAUCGCAUUAAAAGACUAAAAACCCAUAAAGCAGCCGGAAUCGAUGUGAUUUUUGCGGAACUUUGGAAGAUAGAUGCUGAUUAA